UGGACAGGCGGGCCCGGAGGCGGACACACUGCACUCUGGCACACGCUGUGUGAGGCAUGGAGGGCGAGCGGUGGAAGUUUGUGGGCGGCAAAGUGGGCAAUGUGGUCUGGCUUCCGCAUGGCCGGCACUUUGUGACUGCAGCCUGGGACUCGAGACCGAACAUGGUGAGUCUGUGGUGUGACGAGCCCGAGGCGGUGGACCCUGUGGCGGUGGCGUCGGUGGCGGCUGGCUCGACGGCGGACAUGGUGGUGGUGGACGAUGGGCAUGUAGCAGUGCUGUCCGAGGCCGGCACUCUAUCGUUGCUGGAGUUGGAGGCGGGGUAUGCGGAUCUGGUGCCUGUUAUGGUCAUCGAUGAUGUGCACAGCGGCGGGGCGGGCGCAGCUCUGGCUGCAGCGCCAUCGGCGCCGCUGGCAGCGACGUCUCCCGAGGAGGGCGGCGUGCUAGUGGUCGACUGGGCGGCGGGCGGGCAGGUAGUGGCUGCGAUGGGUGGUGGACCGCUGGCUUCGCCGGUCUCGGACCUGGCUUGGGUCGGUGCCUCGCAGAUUGUGGCGGUCGGCAUGCACCUCGAGGUGUGGGAUACUCGGAGCGCAAGCGCAGCCAUGGUGCUGAAGGAUGCGGGCCCGGGCACGGUGGUCCACACCGUGGCGGUCCAUCCCAACCAGCCAGACUUUCUGGCCACGGGUGGCUCGGACGGGAUGCUCUCGGUGUGGGACCUGCGAUCGGCUGGCUCUGCGGUGACCAAGAUCCACGCCCACUCGUCCGACGUGUGGGACAUCGAGUUCUCGCCACACGCGCCCGACACCGUCUUCUCCUGCGCCGACGACGGCACUGUGCUGCGUUGGAACUUUAAUGCCAACAAGGACCGCAACCGGAGCACCUUUGCCUUCCGCGACGACUCGAACAUCGCCAUCGACCAGAUCCUCGACUCGAUGCUCCCGGUCAACUCGCUCGCCCUCUCGGCAUCCGAUACCCUGCUCUGUGGCGCCGACAAUGGCUUUGUUCUUCUCCCAGGCCUUCCUGCCGCCGAUGAGUAGACCCAGCGAGUUGAUCCAGCCGUACGCAAGUAAACUACU